UUAGUGCGGCCCGGGAGGCGAGCGCGUCUUCUGAGGAGAAGCCGGAGCUGGUCUGGGGCCCGUGCGGCGCCAUGGAGGUGGUGGAGGCUGCCGCGCAGCUGCAGACGCUCAAGUUCGGCGGCUCCGGCCUGGAGUCUGCAGCGUCGCCGCCACCUGAGGAGCGCCGGGACGCUGAGCCGGAGGAGCGGGCCCGGCCGGCCGGGGAGCAGCCGCCGCCGGCCCCGAGCUCGGAUGCCGGCGGAAACCCACCGCCGUCCAGCGAGACCUGCGUCACCGGGCCGGACGCUGCCGCGGAGCCGCCAACAGUGCUCCAGGCCUCGGACUCAUCCGACUCGGAUUCGGACAGUGAAACAGAUUCAGAUAGCUCAAGCUCCUCCUCUUCGUCGUCUUCUUCAUCUUCCUCCUGUGUAUCACUUCCUCCUGUGUUGUCAGAUGGAGAGGAGGAUGUCCAAGUUGAGAAAGAAAGUAAGAAUUUUCCUCUUAAAACAAAAGAUGAAUUGCUUCUUAAUGAACUACCUUCUGUUGAAGAACUCACUGUAAUUCUGCCUGAAGACAUUGCACUAAAACCUCUUGGAAAGGUUUCGAGCAUUAUUGAACAAUUAGUAAUAAUUGAGUCUAUGACUAACAUACCUCCAGUUAAUGAGGAUACUGUCAUUUUCAAAAGUGAUCGACAAGCAGCAGGAAAGAUAUUUGAGAUAUUUGGACCUGUUGCCCAUCCAUUUUAUGUGUUACGAUUUAAUUCUUCAGAUCACAUUGAGAGUAAAGGUAUCAAAAUAAAGGACACUAUGUAUUUUGCUCCAUCCAUGAAAGACUUCACUCAAUAUAUAUUCACAGAAAAACUCAAACAGGACCGAGGAUCGGAUGCUUCUUGGAAGAAUGAUCAGGAACCACCUCCAGAAGCUUUGGAUUUCAGUGAUGAUGAAAAAGAAAAAGAAGCCAAACAGAGGAAAAAAUCACAGAUUCAAGGCCGUAAAAAACUCAAAUCUGAAUUGAAUGAGUCAGGUGAAGAUUUUGGUGAAGUGCAUCAGAAUUGGAAUGCUUAUAGCUCUUCAGAACAUUCAAAAGGAUAUCACAACAGGGAAUUCACACGAGGCUUUCCAAGGGGAAGAUAUUCUCGAGGAAGCCAUGCCAGGCCUCCACCUCAACAGUACUAUAACUCAGAUCAUAUGGCAUCGCAAGAGAGUCUGGGAUUUCCACCUCAGAGACAAGACAGUCCUGUCAUGCCCCACUAUCCUUUUCCCACGCCCAUGUUUGAUAUGCAUAACUUUCCACUCCCUCCUCCACCCCCACCCCCGCCCCCACCAACUGUAAGCAUGGGGUGGGCUGCACCUAGCAUGGCCUCUCAUCCUGUGCUUAACUUAUCAUACUCCAUGCCCCCACCACCCCUUCCUCCACCACCUCCCCCUCCCUCUCCUGGGGAAAGUAAUUCUUCUCAUUUUGGACCUUACUAUUAGUUGUAUGCUUGUAUUUCAGAGAAAUAUGGUAAAUUUUUUAACAUAUAUAUUAUGGAGCUAGAUUUUUUUAAAAAAAAUUAUAAAAUACUAAAUCAAAUGACUCAAUUGUAUGUUCAUAUAUAUUUUAAAUAACUCAGUUGUGAGUUCAUAUGUAUUUGUAACCUUUAUGAAAUGUUAUUCAUAGGGACGGUUCAUCUCAUUCUUAAUAAACUCUAGUUCAUGUAAUUAAGUAAAAUGUUGCAUCAUGUCCUCUACUACCCACAGCUGGUAAAUGACGUGCAUAGUGGUGGUUAUGAAGCAGAUUUCUUCACAGCCUCUAAUACGCUGGACACUGAUUUUCUUUUUAUGUUGAAGUCCUACUAAGAGUCUUUAAAAUAAAGUUUUUCUAAACUUGACACUUUUGGAAUUGAUUAUAAGUGCAAGAAUUCUUUAAACUUGAUUUUCCUAAGCAAGUUAGGGGUGUGAAGGAGGAAUAAGACACUAUUGGCCAAAACUCUCGCUAGCUGGUUAGUAUUAACUAUGUAUUGACAGACUUCACUGUCUAUGUAGCUGUCCGUUAUUUAGAAAGCUUACAUUAAGGCGUUUGUUGCUGUAUAUCCGUAUUCUGUGUCUGUUCCCAGACUUUCCAGUAUCUGACAUGGGUGAUGUGUGUAAUAAAAGGCAUAUUAAAUGAC